AUGCCAUUAAAACAAAUUUCUAUUUUAAAUGUUAUACCUGAUGUAACAUACUUAGAUUUAUCUGUUAAUCCGAUAGGUAAAUCAUUAAAUGAUGAUUCAUUCAAAAACAUAGUUAGCUUAGAAUCACUAUACUUAGUUAAUUGUCAAAUUGAAAUACUUCCUCCGAAAAUCUUUGCAGGUUUAUAUAGACUUAAAGUGGUAGACCUUAGUGAAAAUUACUUAAUCUAUAUAGAUUUAACAAUAUUCUCACACCUUACAAUGAUUGAGAUGCUUUUCCUUGAUGGAAAUAAUUUAGAUGAACUUAAUUUUGGUAUACUUGAUAUCUCAAAUAAUAAUAUGAGUGGUUUUGAUUUAGAGUAUGUAGCUGUCUUAAAGAACCUGCAAAUAUUGAACAUCGAAAGUUGCGGGUUAAAAAAAAUUAACAAACAAAUUAUACAAUACCAAUUAGAAGAACUUAAAGAAAUAUAUAUUGAUGGAAACUUUUGGGAUUUACUCUAG